CGAUUUCCAAAGUGCCACGUGGAAGCAUAAAAUUGAAGGGCUUAUUAGAGCCGCUAGUCACUCUUCCUCCUGUAAUCUCUUUGGAACUGCAACACCAGAAAUCAGCAUGAAGCUCAAUUAAUCAUUCGUUUCUUCAACUUCGUGAUCGACAGAGCUACAAUUCAUUGAUAACUAUGGCGCCUGUGGCUUCUCUAUGUUCUUCAUCUCCAUCUUUGCUCAGAAAUGGAAAUACUAGAGUCACAGCCAUGGCUAAGCACACCCCAUUAGCUUUCUGCUCUUUACUGAAGAUCAAUCAGAAGAACAAUGUUGUUUUUCAUCCAUUGUUUAACGCUACUAAUAGUUCGAGCAGUUUGAUUUUUAAAGCUUCCGAAACAGAGACUGAAGAGACCUCAGAAUCAGAAGAGGAAAAAUAUGAAGAGUAUGAAGUUGAAAUUGUGCAGCCCUACGGAUUGAGAUUUGCCAAGGGUAGAGAUGGUGGGACUUACAUUGAUGCCAUUGCACCUGGUGGUUCAGCUGAUCAAACUGGGCAGUUCACUGUUGGGGACAAAGUGCUUGCCACAAGUGCAGUUUUUGGUGAAGAAAUAUGGCCUGCGGCUGAAUAUGGAAGAACCAUGUAUACCAUUCGACAAAGAAUUGGUCCACUACUCAUGAAAAUGCAGAAGAGAUAUGGAAAGGUGGAUACUGGUGGCGAGUUGACUGAAAAGGAAGUUAUCAGAAAUGAGAGGAACUCUGGUGUUAUCAGUGGCAGAGUGAGAGAAAUUCAAAUGCAAAAUUACCUUAGGAAAAAAGAGCAGAAACAACAGAGAGAGAAAGACCUUCAAGAAGGAUUGCAGCUUUACAAGAAUGCCAAGUACGAAGAGGCACUGGAGAAAUUUGAGUCAGUAUUGGGAUCAAAACCAGAGCCAAAUGAAGCAUCUGUGGCAAGUUACAACGUAGCAUGCUGUUAUUCGAAGCUUAAUCAGAUACAAGCUGGCCUGUCUGCCCUAGAGGAUGCUCUGAAAGGCGAAUUUGAAGAUUUUAAGAGAAUCAGGACAGAUCCUGACCUUGCCAACAUAAGGGCAUCUGAGGAAUUCGAACCUCUCAUGAAGAAGUUUGAUGAAUCGUUUAUCAAUGAAAAUGCUAUCAAUGCUAUCAAGUCAAUAUUCGGCAUAUUCAAUAAGGAAUAAAAGCGGCAGUCUACACCAAUAAUUUGGAGGAGCUAGGCUUACUUUCCGAAAGAUUUCCAACAGAAUUCAGACGUUUAAAAUGCCGAUCUCCUACUGGACCUAGCGUAAGGAGGUUCCCAUUAUUGAAUUUUGCAUAUUAGGAAUACUUACUCAAGAUAACACUUGGAUUAUCUGGUUAGAGAUUGGUUGUUUCAAUUGUUUUACAAUUUAGUCAAUCAUAUGCAUAUGUUUACACAAAGACUAAAAGAAAGUAGAGAGUUGUCAAUUUUAAUCAUAAUGAAUUUUAAUUCUUGAUUCCA